ACGAGCAGGUCCCGAUGCGCGAGUCACGGCAACGCUCGGUGGAGAUGAAGGCGGACUCCGACUGGCUCUGAUUUUUAAAAGCCCUUUUCAUUCAGGAGGUUGGUUGCCAAUGGUUAUCAAUAUGGCAGAACCGUUAUCCCAGGCACCCACCGCUGCAAAAAUGGCGUCACUUAACCGGGUCCGAGCUUUGGCGAUGAUUUUCUUAACCGUCACUGGCUGUUGUGUCACCCCGACAAGUGGCAAGGAAGGGUCCGAGGAGACCGUCAUCAUCGGGCUCCGACUGGAGGACACGGACGACAUUUCCUUCAUGGAUAGGGGCUACCUGCGGGUGAGUGAGCGGUCUCGGGUGAAAUUAAGGGUGUACGGGCAGAACAUCAACAACGAGACCUGGUCUAAAAUUGCUUUUACGGAACAUGAGCGGACCCGGGCGGUAGGGAGCCUUGACAGCUCCUCGGGGGAUAACCAGAGCCAGGAGGACUCGUCCGGCUUGCAUCCCUGUGGUAUUAGGACUUCGGAUAUAAUUAUAUUGCCCAACAUCAUCUUAAAUCGAAAGACGUCGGGAAUAGUUGAAAUUGAGGUCAAACCUCUGCGAAAGACGGAGAGGAGCAAAGCGUACUACCUUUGCAUCGCCACCUCGUCACCGGCCGUGGCUGGGAUGCACGACCCGUGGACGGAGAACACCUGGAUCUACCACGACGGGGAUGACACCAAAGUGAUAGUGGUGGAGGAGAAAAAGUUUCUGCUGCCUUUCUGGCUCCAGGUCAUCUUCAUUUCCAUGUUGCUUUGCCUGUCGGGAAUGUUCAGCGGGUUGAACUUGGGGCUCAUGGCUCUGGACCCCAUGGAGCUCCAGAUAGUCCAGAACUGCGGCACGGAAAGGGAGAAGAAUUACGCCAAAAAAAUCGAGCCGGUCAGGAGCCAAGGGAAUUACUUACUUUGUUCGCUUCUGCUCGGGAACGUGCUGGUGAACACCACGCUGACCAUCCUGCUGGAUGAUAUCGCCGGUUCGGGUUUGAUCGCUGUGGUCAUGUCCACCAUUGGAAUAGUCAUUUUUGGUGAAAUCGUGCCUCAGGCCAUCUGCUCCAGACAUGGCCUCGCAGUCGGCGCUAACACAAUAUUCCUCACCAAGUUCUUCAUGCUGCUCACCUUCCCGGCGUCCUACCCGGUGAGCAAGCUGCUGGACUACCUGCUCGGACAGGAGAUAGGAACCGUGUACAACCGGGAGAAGCUUUUGGAGAUGCUGCGCGUCACGGACCCCUAUAACGACCUGGUAAAGGAGGAGCUGAACAUAAUCCAGGGCGCAUUGGAGCUCAGGACUAAAACCGUAGAGGACGUGAUGACCCCGCUGAGAGAUUGCUUCAUGAUCCCCGGGGAUGCCACCCUCGACUUUAACACCAUGUCUGAGAUUAUGAAGAGCGGCUACACCCGUAUCCCGGUGUUUGAGGGCGAGAGGUCUAACAUAGUGGAUCUGCUGUUUGUCAAGGACCUGGCAUUUGUGGACCCGGAUGAUUGCACCCCUCUCAAAACCAUCACAAAGUUUUACAGCCACCCGUUGCAUUUUGUGUUCAAUGACACCAAGCUGGAUGCAAUGCUGGAGGAGUUUAAAAAAGGAAAAUCCCACCUGGCCAUAGUUCAGAGGGUGAACAAUGAGGGUGAAGGAGACCCUUUCUACGAGGUUCUGGGUAUUGUCACACUGGAGGACGUUAUUGAAGAAAUUAUCAAGUCUGAGAUCCUUGACGAGACUGACUUGUAUACUGACAACAAGACAAAAAAGAAAAUCACCCAUCGGGAAAGGAAGCAGGAUUUCUCGGCCUUCAAGCCUACCGACAAUGAAAUGAAGGUUAAAAUAUCACCUCAGCUUCUGCUGGCUACCCUGCGUUUCCUAGCAACAGAGGUCGAGCCUUUUGCACCAGUGCAAAUGUCAGAAAAGAUUCUGCUGCGCUUGUUAAAACACCCAAAUGUUAUCCAGGAGCUGAAAUACGACGAGAAGAACAAGCGGGCAGUGGAGCACUACCUCUUCCACAGGAACAAGCCCGUGGAUUAUUUCAUUCUCAUUCUGCAGGGGAAAGUGGAAGUGGAGGCAGGAAAAGAGGGGAUGAAGUUCGAAGCGGGUCCAUUCUCCUUCUACGGGAUGAUGGCUCUGACAGCGUCGCCAGUCCCUCUUUCCCUGUCCCGUACAUUUGUGGUCAGUAGAGCUGAAUCAUUAGCAGGAUCUCCAGAGAAUAAAUCUCCGCCGCGGCCGUUCGGACUGAAUCACUCAGACUCACUGAACAGGAGUGAUCGUAUAGACGCCAUCACCCCAACGCUCGGCAGCAGCAACAACCAGCUCAACUCCUUCCUGCAGAUCUACAUACCUGACUAUUCUGUCAGAGCGCGCUCAGACCUGCAGUUUAUAAAGGUAACACGCCAACAGUACCAGAAUGCUGUGAUGGCAUCGCGGAUGGACAAAACGCCCCAAUCUACAGACAGCGAAUUCACUAAAAUUGAGCUAACGCUAACGGAGCUCCAUGAUGGAGUGGAGACCCCCACCGUGGUCGUCACCACCGCCAGCACCACGAGCACCACCCCAGCAGUAGCCGUAGCCAUAGCCAACGAGACGUCCCACUUGCUCAACCAGCAGCAGAACUGUGUGGGCCUAAGUCGGAGCAACCACAGCGCCCAUAACGAGGGACCCAUUUAGCCCACGCCGAUACCCGGUGGAGACCCAGAACCUCCACCCUGUCUCAUGGACACACACGGAGGGUGUUCUAGAUGAUGAUGAGGGAAAAGUGUGGAAGUGGAGGCGGGCGGAGUGAAGAUUCUGCUCCAAGCAGUAGCCCCCAGUCAGUCAGUGAGACCCUUUCAUGGAGGGGCAGGGGGGAAGACGGGUGCCGUGACACCCCAAACACCCCCACUUGAACACUGUCAGAAUCCCUGCUGUACUUCAUCCUCUUACAGAGGGCGCACUCGGACAGUACCUGCAACUGAGCUUCUUUUUUGGGACAAUCUGACACUUUCAUAGCGGUGACUUGGACUGGAGGACAACAGAGCGCAUGCAAUCCCCCCCGUCCCCCACCCGGAAAAGACACAACAGACAACACAACACUUUCUCCUCAGGCCAAAGACUUUGGUCCCCCCCUUCUUACACUGGACUGUUUUUGCACACACACAUUUGCAUUUUCGCACACACACUGACACGUCCCACCUGUGCGUUCAUCAGGGAGGCUCAGUCGACUGUUGAUUCCAUCAGCAAGAACUCAAAACCCAAACAUGCAGAGAGCAACGGUUAGUCAAAGACUGCACCAAAAACCGCUUUGAAAGAAACCGUUAAACCAUGAACCAAGAAUGUUUUCCUGUAUUUAUUUAUUUUAUAAUAUUGUAUGUAUAUAUGUCUGCGUGGAGACAUGAUAUGGCAUAAACUGGCAUAAGAGCAUGCACGAGCAUGUACACAGAGCUGUGUGUGUGGUACAUGUGUCAUAUCAAUAAGGACAUGCUACAUAUAUGGAGAUGAACAUCCAUUCAUGUAUAUGAGGAGGUGAAGGUCUUUUACAGAUACAGUAUGUAUAUUACAGAUCUUGCUAUUUUUACUAUUAUCCUAAAUCAGGCUUAUGGUACAUUAUCUUUUUCACCUUAAAAAAAUCACACUAUUGCCUUUAAGAGAAAUCACAUAAUUAAUUAUUUUAACAAAGUGCAAUGAACCACAAUUUAUUUAAGAGAUGAUUACAAAUUUUAAAAAUCACUGUAUUAUAAAUUGACAGAUAUAUUUGUAUGUACUGUAUGUAUGUGUAUAUUUGUUUUUGAAAAAAUGCUAAAGUGCAGCCAUCCACAAGCAAAACUGUCCGUAGUCAGCCUCUCUUUCUCUUUGUCUCUGUCAUGUUUUUGCAUCGUUUGACCUCAAAGCGCCUCUUCACUAUAUUCAAAUGAGAGUUCUGAUGCCUAGACUUGUCACCACAGGGCGGGGCAGGGGAGGGGGCUAUCAGGUGGUGGCGGUGUUGGUGAAGGUGUGGAUAAAAGUGGCCACAACGUGGUCCUAUGCAUGUAGAGCUUAUGUGUCUUAUAUAUUUUGCCAAUUUUAUGCAUAAUCAAACUUGAUAAUUGCACAGUAUUAAUGACCUCAUCUAACAUGUUGAGCAUCAUCAACGUCACAAAAAGCAACCUCGACAUUAAACGUGUCCAUUAAUGAUAAACAGCUGUGAUUUUCCACUGUUUAUGUGUGCAUCUCUCUCUCUUUCUCUCUCUCUCUCGCUCUCUCUCUUUUUUUUGUGUAAAUUUAUUUGUGUGUUUUCACAGAACACAGCAGGCAUGUUUUAGUUUUUAAAAAGCUAUUUUUUGACAGCAGGGAAUGUGAAAGAGACUAGACUCAUUUAUUUUGGCUCCUGGCACAAUAUAGAAAUGUAAUUAUUGAAAUCAUAUAUCACAGAUAUGUAUUCUUCCUUUCAAGACCUUUCCAAUAUACAGUAGAUGAUUAGAUGAGAGGAUUCAUUUGACUUGUGUCUUUACAUGGAUGUUAAAAGUCCAGUGUGCACAAUUUGCAGGGAUUUAAGGAGCUCUAACUGCAGAAACAGGAUAGAAUAUUCAUAACCAUGGUUUCAGUAGUGUGUAAUCACCUUGAAUGAGCCAUUUGGAGAGUGUCUGCCAUGUUUCUACAGUGCCUCAGAACAGACUGUCUCCUGUCUUUUUUCUGUUUUCACACCAGUUUCAUUGAACCUUUUGGGGUAGCAUCCAACAUUACAGGUUAUUUCCUUCUACUACUGUGUCUGAGUGAAGAACAGGGUUAAUGUUCCCAGAAAAAACAGACAAGAAUGGAUAAAACACAUACUAAGAACUAUCAAGGGACUUUAGUGCUUUUAGAGGCCAGUGAAGGUCAGAGGUCAGGGGUCAGGGUGAGGGCAGAGUAAGCUCACCUGGAUGUGACCACAUACUGGUUGUACACUGAACCUUUAUCCUUCCAUUGUUUUAUUACAUCAGUAGCAGCUGGUUAGUUUAGCCUGAAGACAGGACACAGAGCUGACUCUAAACUAAUGUCAUCUGUCGACAGCAACUAAACAGAAAGUUCCUGUGUCCAGCUGAGUAGCGAUGCCAUCACAUGAACCCAUUUUUUCUGCUUUGGUUUAUUUAUACAGCUUAAACAAAAGCUUUAAAAUGUGUUAAUAAGUGUGGCUACUACUGGGCAGAUCACUGUGCUAAGCUAAUCUACGCUAGCCUCCACCCAUUACACACUGAUCCUCUCAUUUAAUUCUUAGUAAAAACUAAAGUAAGUGUAUUUCCAGACUUGGUAAUCAUGUUCAUGCAUUUUUUUUCCUGUAUAUUUUCCCCAUGUUUAUUUUACCUCAUAAAGUCAGGAAUGAGCCUUAGGAUAAUUUCUGUUCUUGAAAUGUUCAGUGAAUCUUAUGUAGUAAAAUUCUUCUUAUUUCAUUUUAUAGACGUGUAGAUUUUUACUCAUUAACUUUAAGAUUAUUUUCAUUUCACUUGCACGUCUGUACAUGUAUGCACAUUACAGCACAGUCAUGUCCUGGAGUUGAAUCUCUUCAUAUUCAGUUGCAGAUUGUGUCCACUGAUGGUCACUGUUUCCUCAUGUAACUCUGAGUGUGUGUGUGUGUGUGUGUGUGUGUGUAGGGGUGUGUGUGUGUGUUUCACAGUAUCUGAACACAGCACACAUGGACAAACAUGAGGGCGUCCUUCUUGUAUAACCCGACCUAGAGUACAUCUGCAUUGUUUGCCACUCUUUUCUCUUCAUGUUUACUUGAAAGUGCUCCUAUGCAGCAGAUCCACUUGUGCUCUGCAGGGACAAUCACUCCAGAGAUGAAGAAACCAUUCCAUUGUUAACAUUGUGCCUGUGAUAUUCGUUCUCUGCUUCCCAGUGCCUGAUAGAAUGGCUUCGAACACACACAACAGGAAACACACAUACACACAGUCACCUUCACUCUCUUUGCUAAACACAGACCAUCAUCCUACCGUCACGUGAAUGCUUUGCAGGCCUGUUUUUAUUUUAACUGAUGUUCUGUCCUGUCACAGUGCUGCUACUGUACCCAUGUGCUGUCCAUUCUGCUUCUACCUGAGGACCACAUUCCCUUUACCCCCUCCAGCUGGUGGUUUAAUAAAAAA